GCUUCUCAUUCUCCGUCUCUCCUCUUUCCUUCCCUCUUCUUGGGAACUGGCUCAAUCAGAGUACAACCAGCUCAUCUGCAUUUGGCCCUAGAGGACCUGCGGACUCAGGGGAGGAGGGCAGAGGCGGCCGGCGGGCGAGCGGGCGGGAGCAGCACGGUGGCGGUGACAGCGCACAGCCGGGCUGCGCCGCGCCGCUGGAAGCCCAAUGCCCGGCCCGAGCCGCCCAGGGAUUGCUAAUGAGGCCUCUGCCGAGAGGGAGUAAGAAGAACCGCCGCAUAUCCCUGGGACUCCUCGCCCUCUGCGUGGCUGCAGCCGGGUGUCUGCAAAGUCAGGGCGUGUCACUGUACAUCCCCCAGUCCGCCAUCAAUGCCACAGUGGAGGAAGACAUCCUGCUGUCGGUGGAGUACUCCUGCCAUGGCGUCCCCACCAUCGAGUGGAAGUAUACGUCCAACUGGGGGGCGCAGAAGAUCGUGGAGUGGAAGCCAGGGACUCAGGCCAACGUCUCCCAAAGCCACAAGGACAGACUCUGCACCUUUGACAACGGCUCCAUCCAGCUCUUCAGCGUGGGCGUGAGGGAUUCCGGCUACUACGUCAUCACGGUGACGGAGCGCCUGGGGAGCAGCCAGUUUGGCACCAUCGUGCUGCAUGUGUCGGAGAUCCUCUAUGAAGACCUCCACUUCGUCGCUGUCCUCCUGGCGUUUCUCGCUGCUGUGGCCGCGCUGCUGAUCAGCCUCAUGUGGGUCUGUAAUAAGUGUGCGUACAAGUUCCAGAGGAAGAGAAGACACAAGCUCAAAGAGAGCGCCACUGAGGACAUUGAGCUGCAAGACGUCGAGUGUUAGCCAGGGCCGCCCCCGUUACAUUCCUACCUCAAGAGGAAAAUGCCCUUCUUCCAACGAGAGGAGCAAACCCGGCCUUGGCCACCCAGUCCCGAAGGCACUGCGGAUGUGAACAACAUCGACUGCGUGGCGUCGAGGGCCCUGGAUUGGACAGUCAGCUUCUAGCGCUCGCAAGGAGUUCGAGGCGGCCUGGCUGCUUGCUCCCCACGCUCCGGGCCGAGGCCAGAGCGUGUCCAGACUGACUGUGCCGCCAGCCCCAGGCGAGCGCUCGCGCUCUUUCCCGCCCAGCUUGUCCCUCCCACCUCUGCCGUGGCAGCUGCCGUGAGAAGCUCCACGCUCCUCCUGCCGCGCAGGGGUGGAGGCGGCGAGGCUGCUGGGGGCCCUGGUGGGGUGCUCGGGGCGGGAGCGGGCCCUGGGCCGGAAGCUUUAGGGAAAGGAGACUCACUCGUGCCUGAGGGACCAGCACUGGACACAGGAAGAGAGAGAAGAUUGCCUUUGUCUUCCUGUCUUGCUCCAGCAUUAACUGGAUUUCCCCUCCUAUGGCCCCAGCUUAGCUAGUGGGAGGAACCCACAUGGUCAUCGCCACUGUGGGCAGCAGCUGGUGUCCACAUGGCUUCCUGACAAGUGGGUGAUGCUACCUGUGUGAAAGCGAGCCGCCCGGGGGUGGUGUGACCAGAACAUGAGCUGAGGCCUGGAUAUCUGCCCCUCAGUCACCAACACCUUGUCUCCAGUCAGGCCCCUGCGCUCUCCCAAGUGGGCUUAGGAACGCUCGGCGCUCACCUCCCGCACAGGCAGGGUAUCCCGGGAAGCCCACGGUAUGCCCAGAGCUCAGCAAACAGUUGAAGGAAAGCAUGAGGAUUCUUCAAGGAUCUGGAAAGCAAUAACCGCUCUACGGAGCGCUGCCAAGUGAGAAAAGGCUCUGGGGUCUUGGGGCUCCAGGUGAAAUGAGGGACUGGAUCACAACUGGUCUUGGCUCUCAUUCUCUCAGCUUGUUAGUCACCAUGUUUACUUGAAAGUGUCUCCAUCCCGCCUUCCAUUUGGCAAGCUUUAAAGUAGGCAUGAAUUUAUUUUCCAUUCUCCUUUCUCUCUCCAACAUUCUUAGCUACAGACCAAAGGCACCCCCAGUUAUGGGGGAGGCCGAGGUCAGGAGCUAAGUCCGCAGCCUCCAACUGCAAAUUCACCCACACAGACAUGAAGGAAAGCUAUAACGUUCCCUUCUCUUCCUUAAGUCCCCAGUCUCUACAUCUCUUCUACUUGCCAUGUGGCAAAUCAGAAUUUGCCUGAAGAAGUUGGUAAGAGGCCUUUCUCUAAAUAAUCCAAGAUUACAAGAAGAGAUCUUCUGGAGUAGUCUGACAGGAGCUCUGUGACCUUCCAGAAGGACUCUAAAGGCACUACUCUUUUCAAAAAGCAAGAGAGCAGAUGGUCCACACAACUGAUUUGUAGCCGGAGCACCUGCCACAGAGAAGGUUCUCACCCUCGGACCACCUCCUGUACACACGUGUCCUUUCCCCAGGCAGCAGUCCCAGGAGCCAGGACCCCGUGCCACGAGGAAGCAGGGUGGGAGUGUCAGAACAAAGAGGGUCAAGGGUCAUCUGAUUACCUCUUUCUCCUCUUUCACACAGAAGGCCCAUCAGCAGGAAACCGGUUUGGAUCUGGGUGGCUGCUGGAGUCUGUGUGUCUUUUACAUUCCCUGCUUUCCAGAACUGAACUUUUCAGCUUGUCAGAAGUCAGGGGUGGUCGUCUUCAGAAUAGAAGAAGAAAGGGAGGGGCGCCUAGCUGGCUCAGGAGGCAGACCACACUGAUUCUUGAUCUCAGGGUUAAGUUCGAGCCCCACGUUGGCUGCAGAUAUUACUUAAAAAUGAAAGCUUGAAAAAGCAAUGGAAAAGCAUACCCAGGGCUAGUCCUCCGUGGGCAAACCCAAAUGUAAAAUAAACUGCCCCCCAAGACUCAUGAAUAAGUUAGCCCCCCGGCUUUCCGUUUCUUUAUUUUGCACUUUUAAAGCUCCCUCCAUCCUGAACAUUCUUAUGGGAGGUGUUUGAUUCCAGAGUCUGAAGGGUUUUUUUUGCCUAUUUUACAAAAAAAAUUCUAUGUUCUAGAGGGUGGCCACUGGAAGUGUUAAGCUAUAAGUUAUGUUUUAAGCUGUGAAAAAAAUUAUUUUAAAGAAUGAAAUAAAGCCUGGAAAUAAAGGCCCGGUCCUUCGUGCGAGCCCACUCCUGCCAAGCACUCAGAGGCCCCGGCUGAGGUUUCCAUCAGCCGCGGGCAUAAGCAAACCCCUUAGGCCCAGCCCCCGGACUGGCACAUUUUUUAAAUGACAAGGGAAUAGUACCAUCG